AUGAGUGGAAAAGAGGGAAACUUGAAUGAAAGAGAUAUUGAAGAUUAUCUUAGUAAGUUAGAAGGCGGUUGGCUCUCAGAAGACGGCCUUGAUGACCAAGAUUCCGAUGAUGAAAACCGCGAUGCUGAUGAAGUUAUAAGAGUGAUGCAGGAGGAGAACAAGAUGAUGACGUGGAUGAAACUGCUGACAUUGAUCCUCCUCUUGUAG